UAUAAUACACAAGAGAGAGAGAGAGAGGAGAGAGAGAGAGAGAGAAGAAAUUUCUUGGUCCUAGUAGAAAAGUUCCGAUCUUUUUAUGUGUCUGUCUGAACUCUGAAACCAAAAGAAGAAGAAGACUAUCAUCGCUAGCUGAGCCUGCCAUGGCUUCUCUUCUUGCAAAUGGAAUUUCUAGCUUUUCUCCACAAUCCCUUGCAGAACCACCAAAGAUUUCAAAAGGGUUUCUGUUUCGGAUCCCAAAAUUGUCCCCAAAUCAUGUAAAGGUUCAGCAAAGUUCAAGAAUGGUCAGAAUUAGAGCUGAUGUGAGCUAUGAGCCAAAGACCACCAUGGAUGCUCCAGGUAAAGAUUCCUCUACUUCAACCUCAUCUGAUGAAGAUGACCCACUUCAGAAAUUCUUGAGAAGAGAAUAUAAAUGGGGUUUUAGUCAAGAAAUAGAUUCAUUUUCAAUUCCGAAAGGGCUAUCGGAGGAAACUAUUAGGUUGAUUUCUUCAAGGAAAAAAGAACCUGAUUGGAUGCUUGAGUUUAGAUUGAAGUCUUAUGAUAAAUUUGGUAGGAUGAAGGAGCCUAAGUGGUCUGAUAAUAAAUACGCUCCGAUUGAUUUUCAAGAUAUCUGUUAUUAUUCUGAGCCCAAAAAGAAACCAACUUUGAACAGUCUUGAUGAGGCUGACCCUGAGCUUAUUAGGUACUUUGAUAGAUUGGGUGUGCCUUUGAAUGAAAGGAAUAGAUUGGCUAAUGUUGCUGUGGAUGCUGUAUUGGAUAGUGUUUCUAUUGCCACUACUCAUAGGAAGACAUUAGAGAAGGCUGGUGUGAUAUUUUGCUCUAUUUCUGAGGCUAUUAAGGAGUAUCCUGAUUUGGUUAGGAAGUAUUUGGGGAGAGUCGUGCCUCCAGAUGAUAAUUUUUAUGCUUCUCUGAAUUCAGCUGUUUUUAGUGAUGGAUCAUUUGUGUACGUGCCAAAAAACACUAGAUGUCCGAUGCAGAUAUCUACGUACUUUAGGAUAAAUGCAAUGGAAACAGGGCAGUUUGAGAGAACGUUGAUUGUUGCAGAUGAAGGGAGUUUUGUGGAGUAUUUGGAGGGCUGUACAGCUCCUUCUUAUGAUACGAAUCAAUUACAUGCUGCUGUUGUCGAGUUGUAUUGUCAUGAGGGCGCAGAGAUUAAGUAUUCCACGGUGCAGAAUUGGUAUGCGGGUGAUGAAGAAGGGAAAGGUGGCAUAUUUAAUUUUGUUACCAAGAGGGGACUUUGUGCAGGGGCUCGCUCAAAGAUUUCGUGGACACAAGUGGAGACGGGGUCAGCAAUUACUUGGAAGUAUCCCAGUGUUGUUUUAGAGGGAGAUGAAUCAGUGGGUGAGUUUUAUUCUGUGGCAUUAACCAAUAACUAUCAGCAGGCAGAUACGGGGACAAAGAUGAUACACAAAGGGAAGAAUACUAGGAGUAGGAUAAUUUCCAAAGGUAUUUCUGCUGGAAAUUCAAGAAACUGUUAUCGAGGUCUGGUUCAGGUUAUGUCAAAUGCAGAUAAUGCAAGAAACUCCUCGCAAUGUGACUCAAUGCUUAUUGGUGAUAAUGCAGCUGCUAACACAUAUCCCUACAUCCAGACAAAGAAUCCCGGUGCCCGCAUUGAGCAUGAAGCAACAACAUCCAAAAUUGGUGAAGAUCAGCUGUUCUACUUUCAGCAAAGAGGAAUUGAAUAUGAGAAAGCAAUGGCAGCAAUGAUUUCUGGAUUCUGUCGUGAUGUUUUCAAUGAGCUACCUGACGAAUUUGGCGCAGAGGUGAACCAGCUGAUGAGUUUGAAGCUUGAAGGAUCUGUUGGUUAGGAAGCAAGCAUGAGAGUGUAAAUAAUUCAGCUUAUGUCAAGGAAACUGCAAGUUCACAUAGAUGUCUUGUCAUAUGUUUUCUGAACUUUUACCUCAUAAGUUUUAUGUAAUCGUUAGAAAGCCACAUUGUAUACACGUUCUGUAUAUGCGUGCUCUGCAAUAGUGUUGUAGACCAGGCUUGUUCAAGAAAAUUUUCAUCCCAAAUAAUGGGAGGGGUCAAUGCAAAACGAAUUGUAGAAGAAUAAAAAGAUGUCAUCUCAAUCAUAGAAGAAUGUAGUGCCAAAACAAGUUGGUUUAGUUCGCAA